AUGCCAUCCCCAUUCCUGCAACGCCAGGCUAUAGACGAUUCGCUCAAGGUAUUCUACAUAAACUUGACUGUCUUGGACGCUACCGAGGCUGUCGUCGACAAGGUCCACAACAUUAUGCACGGACGACGACUUCACAUGCCCGCUCCCAAAGCCUGGCGUAAAGCUUGGACCAAAACCGUCGCGAAACGAGCCGCCAGGCACGUGUCGCGCAAACACGUGGCGAAGCUUUUGGCUCGCAAGAUUCCACCCAGAUUGAUCCGGACCAUGAACAAACGUGGCCUUUCGGUAUGGGCGGAAACCGUCUUUUGCGAUCACGCUUUUGUUGUCGUCCAAGUCCAAGUACACCACGUUGAUCCAGUUGUCUUUGCCGAAAGUGGCGUGAAGAAUCAAUUAGAAAAAGAGCUAAAGCAAAGAAAAGAAGUCGAUGAGAGGCUCAAGUCCCGUCUAGAGCACAAAGAUAGCUUCUCCGCUUCUUCCAGUUGUAGUAUCAGUAGCGACCCAGACAGCGAUAACGAGGGUAUCGACAGUGAUGACGACAGUGUCAGCGGGAACCAAUGGAUGGAGGCCCAAAAAGAGGCCUUGCAUGCACAAUCCGACAAUCCCUUCAUCGUAGGCAAGUACGAAACAUGCCCGGUACUACCCGCUCGCGUCACGUAUCAAUCGAGAUUGGCCUGGUGGAUGGAUUGGAUUCUAUCUUGGUUGAGUCCAGCUUACCGACAUCGAAUGGAAUCGCGAUAUUUGCCCAACCUAAUUCAGCGACAGCUUACUGGACAAACCCAACGUAUUUUGCGCAAACGACUUCGGGGGAGGAAGAUAAUUACGGAUUUACAAGUGCUACUAGAAGAAUCCCAGGCGCGAUAUUUUUUCAAUCACCUCAAAGUGGUCCGCCACAAGAAGCCGCACGAUAUGGACGAUGGCGAAACGGAAAGUGAUACGUCGGAUUUCGCGGAAGCAUUUACGGGUCUUGCGUAGUUGAAAGCGAAUUUUCUACAGAUAGUUUGAAUUUUCUACAGAGUGAUCGUAGCAUUCGUGGGGACUACCUUACUGGUACUCCCACAGUGGAGCACACAACAUAGACGCAUCUUGAAAGUGUAAAUUAUAAUAUUGUCUUGAGGGC